CAGGCAUCUUUGAAAGUCUUACAGCCGGAAGCUGCCGACCCCUGGGACCUGGAAUUAUCUCACAAAAGAGCACUUCAUCGUAAGGAAUAUGAAGGGUUCUUCAAAGGCAUCAGUUACUGGUGUUCCAAAAUCAGAUAAUCCACGCUCAGGAAAAGACUACAAAAUGCAUCUGUCAAAUAUUGGAAAGAGAAAGGCAGUACAACAAGCUAGUGAAGAUACUUCAGCUCAAAGGAUCCAGAGAGCUUGGUUAUCUCAUAUGGACAAAACAAUAUUUCAACUCCUAAAGCACACAGUUUGUGCGGCGGAAUGUUGUGUGACACAUGAAAUACUGAAGAAAGUGAGCCCCUUAGAGGCUGAGCUCCUGAAAGAUCCUAGCAUGAAGUGUAAAGUUAGAUUCAGAUUUAGUGGUGAAACAUUUCCACCUUUCAUCGUAUUUAAAAUUUUUCUUCAUACUGAAGGCCAUGGUAACAAGUAUUUCAGCGGAAAAAGAUUAUUUAAGCCAUCAAAUGAGGGAGUGGCUGAUGCUUGCAAAAUGAUGGGGGAAAAGAAGUUUUACCAUCAAGUUAUGGAAGAUGAACAUCUUUUCCAGAAAUUCAAAAUAACUGAUGAAAUAGAUAUUGUCACCCUGAAAGAUUACAUGCAAUAUUCCAGUCUCCUGGAUGAGACCCCUGCAUCUUCUGGUGGCAGAAAUAACUACUGGCGAAAAUUAAACCUCAAAAACAUCCCCAGGACAAUGAUAAUAUAUGACAUAGUUGAUUAUGCAGAGUCUGGAAUAAUCUCAAACCGUCUACAAAAAGAAAUGAAGUAUCUAUUACGGAGACCACAAACAGAAGAGAUGCGUCAACACCAGCUACAGAUUGUUUCUGAAGUUAGAUGCCCUUCAUCCUUUUCAGCUAUCAAACCUUUAUAUCGGCCCUACCAACAGCAGAAUCAAAUGAAACAUCUGGGUCGUCGAUCCAAGCAAGCUCAAAUGAAAGUUGAAAAAAUGAAAAAAGCCUAUAAGAUGGCUAAAGAAAAAACUGCUUCCAUGGGGAUGGAACCACAAACGGACACACGAGGUACAAAGCAGCGACAGACAAUCAUCUUCUCUACCCCACCUUUUGACAUCGUGAAAGUUGAUGAGCUCAUGCCAGAUGAGGAAUUGGAAAAACAAGAAAAGGAGUUGUUCGCCUGGUAUCAAGACUUGUAUAUUAAUAGUCCUCCGUCAUCUUAAUGUGUAGCUAACUGAUAGAAAGCCAAAUUAUUUAACAAUCUGCUUGUCUUGCUAAUAUGCAUAUUAAAGGAAAAGGAAAUACAUAAACAAGCCUUCAGGAUGCUCUCUUAACCAAAUGUGUGACCGAUUUUUAAGCCCUUUUAGUAUUACCAUAAGUACUAAUAUUUUUUUACUGAGAGAAUUUUAAUCUGAAUAAUGAUUUCUACUAGAUGCCCUCGAAUUAGCUGUAUACGGUUUUACUCAAGAAAUGAUGAGUAAAUUAGUCCCUGGAACUUUUACUCAAUUUUGAUUUUCCUUUGUUUUUAAAAACAUCUGAACAGGCGUUGUUUAGCAUAAAUAUUAGA